AUGGAUUCCCUGGUGGACAGGAACCACACUGCAGUGAUGGAGUUCAUUUUAUUGGGCUUAACAUAUGAUCCAGUCCUUCGGGUCAUCCUCUUCGUAAUCAUCUUGUGCAUCUACCUGGUGACCGUAUUUGGCAAUCUCAGCACAAUCAUCCUGAUCAGACUCUCCCCUCAACUCCAUCAUCCCAUGUACUUUUUUCUGAGCCAGUUGGCUUUUGUUGACAUCGGCUACUCAUCUUCUGUCACACCCAAUAUGCUUGUAAAUUUCUUGGUGGAAAGAAACACAAUCUCCUACUUUGGAUGUGGCUUCCAGCUUGGUGCAGCCGCUUUCUUUGGGUCAAAUGAAUGCCUCCUUCUGGCUGCCAUGGCAUAUGAUCGCUUUGUGGCUAUCUGCAACCCACUGCUUUAUUCAGUCAAAAUAUCCACACAGGUCUGUGUCCAGUUACUCCUAAUGGCUUACAUCGCUAGUUUUCUUAACACUUGUUCUUUUAUCAUUUGCUUUUAUUCUUUUUGCUUCUGUAGAUCAAAUCAAAUCAAUCAUUUUUUCUGUGAUUUUUCUCCUUUAAUUGAACUCUCCUGUUCUGAUACAAGUAUUCCUGCAGUUGUUUCUUCAUUUUCUGCUGGCUCCAUCAUUGUUGUCUCUGCAGCUGUCAUCACCUUCUCCUACAUCUCCAUCCUCAUCACCAUCAUGAAGAUGCGCUCCCCCGAGGGGCGACACAAGGCCUUCUCCACCUGCACAUCCCACCUCACGGCAGUCAUUCUGUUCUAUGGAACUGUUACAUUCAUCUAUGCAAUGCCCAAGUCCAGCUACUCAACAGACCAGAACAAAGUGGUGUCUGUGUUCUACAUGGUGGUCAUUCCCAUGCUGAAUCCCCUCAUCUACAGUCUCAGGAAUAAUGACAUUAAGGGGGCUCUGAAAAGACAGCUUGAUAGAAAAAUACUUUUUAAGUAA